ACUCUAUGAUAUAGUUUUACUUUCCCCCUUCUUAUCUCUUCACUCUUUCCCUCUUCCCCACAUACAACCGCUUUCUCUCUCUUCUUCAAGGUUUCGCCAUGAAAGGAGGUAAAUCGAAGACGGAAGCAAAGAAACCUGAUAGCAGGCUUUCGGUGAAGAAAGGAAAAGGAGGCGGUGGAACUGCAAAGGCUGCUCCUAAGCGACCUGUUAAGGGAGCGGCGAAGGAUCCUAACAAGCCUAAACGGCCUCCUAGCGCUUUCUUUGUCUUCAUGGAGGAUUUCAGGAAACAGUAUAAGGAGAAGCAUCCUAACAAUAAAUCCGUAGCAGCUGUUGGAAAAGCUGCUGGUGACAAGUGGAAAUCACUGUCAGAUGCUGAGAAAGCACCGUACAUAAGCAAGGCAGAGAAAAGGAAAGUAGAUUACAAUAAGAGCAUGGAUGCUUACAACAAAAAGCUGGCUGGAGGUACAGGGGAGGAGGAUGAAUCAGAUAAGUCAAAAUCUGAGGUUAAUGAUGAAGAUGAAGACCAAAGUGGAGAGGAUGAUGAAGAUGAUGAGGAGGAGGAUGAUUAGAUGUAAUAUAGGGUUUUACUUGAUGACAAUGAAGAUGGUGAUGAGCAGUCCAUCCUGAUAAAUAUUUCUACUUUUUUUUUUGGUUAUCUGUGUGGACUAUGAGAUGUUAGAGAGCUUCGAAGUGACUGCCGAAGCUCUCAAAUGUGUACUUAGUUGUUUGAUCAAAGGUUUAAUUAAGUAAUCUUUUCAUCU